CACGUGCUCACGCUUCACUUUGGAUUUUCUUUUACACGCGGCUUACGGAAAAGAAGGUUAAGUUGCUGCGUGCUGGCUGUUGAGAGUUUUUAAUUUUAAAUUAAAAUUAAAUAGUGUAUGAACAAACGGUGCUACGAUGUUUGUUCUAUACGAAACGCCGGCGGGCUACGCCAUUUUCAAGUUGCUGGACGAAAAGAAACUCGAACAGGUAGACAAUCUGUACCUGGAAUUUGAGACUCCGGAGCGGGCCAACAAACUGUUGAAACUGAAACACUUUGAGAAAUUCAACGACACCACAGAGGCGCUGGCCGCUGCCACGGCGGCGGUGGAGGGUAAGGUGGCCAAGCCGCUAAAGAAAACUCUCAAGAAGUUGCUCGUCGAUGAGGUGCAGUCCCAGUUGCUGGUCGCUGACGCCAAGUUGGGCACCGCCAUCAAGGACAAGUUGUCUGUGCAGUGCGUCUACAACACGGGUGUGCAGGAGCUGAUGCGCUGCAUUCGUCAGCAGGCCGACAGUCUGCUGGGUGGCCUGCCCAAGCGGGAAAUGACUGCCAUGGCUCUGGGUCUGGCCCACUCGCUGUCACGCUACAAGUUGAAAUUUUCACCGGACAAAAUCGACACGAUGAUCGUGCAGGCCCAGUGUCUGCUGGAUGAUCUGGACAAGGAGCUCAACAACUACAUGAUGAGGGCUCGCGAGUGGUACGGCUGGCAUUUUCCCGAGCUGGGUAAGAUCAUCACAGACAACAUUGCCUUCGUGAAGACCAUUAAACUGGUGGGAACCAGGGACCAGAUGUCCACGGCCGAUCUGUCGGACAUUCUGCCCGAAGACGUGGAGGAGAAGGUGAAGGAGGCGGCCGAGAUAUCGAUGGGUACUGAAAUCUCAGAGGAGGAUGUGCUGAACAUCCAGUGCCUGUGCGAUGAAAUCAUUUCCAUCAACGACUACCGCACCCAUCUGUACGACUACCUCAAGGCCAGGAUGAUGGCCAUGGCUCCCAAUCUGACCGUCCUCGUGGGCGACACAGUGGGAGCACGAUUGAUUGCCCACGCGGGUUCCCUUAUUAACCUGGCCAAGCAUCCGUCGUCAACGGUACAAAUUCUGGGCGCCGAAAAGGCCCUCUUCCGUGCCCUGAAGACCAAGAAGGACACACCGAAAUACGGUCUUAUCUACCACGCCCAGCUGGUGGGUCAGGCCAGCCAGAAAAACAAGGGAAAAAUGUCGCGUUCACUUGCCGCCAAAGCAUCGCUGGCCACCAGAGUGGACGCCUUCGGUGAGGAAGCCACGUUCGAGCUGGGAGCUGCGCACAAGGUGAAGCUGGAGUCGCGCCUCCGGCUGUUGGAGGAAGGAAACCUGCGCAAGAUUUCCGGCACCGGCAAGGCCAAGGCGAAGUUCGAGAAGUACCAGGCCAAGAGUGAGGUGUUCACGUACCAACCCGAGGCGGAUAACACCUUGAACAUUAAGAAGCGUAAGCACUCGGAGUCCGAACAGACUCCCAUCAAGAAGGAGCUGAUCAAGGAGGAGCCUGCCGAGGAGGAGCAGGAGGAGGCUGAGAUCAAGUCGGAGAAGAAGAAGAAGAAAAAGAAGAAGCAGAAGGAUGAGGAGGCUCCAGAAGAGGCAGCAGCGCCAGAGCCCGCUGACGAGCCCACACCAGCCAAGAAAAAGAAGAAGUCCAAGCACCAGGAGUAGUAUUAUUUCUGGCUGCCGACUGGCAUUAGUUGUAAAGUCUAAAC